AUGACAGCGACCCGCGAUACACGGUGCUGCGGGGCGGACGACUUCGCCGGCCUGAUCAGGGUGCUGGCCUGGACGCUGACCGGGCUGGGCCUCAACGUCGCCAACGCGCUGAUACAGACCGACGGGGGCGUCGCAUCAGACACAUUCUUCGUCACCGACUCGCGCGGCCGCAAGCUGAGCGAUGCCGCGGCGCUGGAGGUGGCGGAGCGGCUGCAGGACAUCGUGGAUGAUGUGUGCAGGACGAGCAGCGACGGGGAGUUUGGCGAGUUGGGAAUGAGGGGGCAGCGGGCCCAGAGCGCGCGCACACGGGUGUGUGCGCCGCAUGGCGAGGAGGAGCUGGAGCGGACGGCUCGCAUCGGUGACGUCAUCCACCUGUCCAAUGAGACCCACCCCACCUGCACCGAGCUGACAAUCACUCCCGAGGCCGACAGCCCUGGCCUCCUGCUUGACCUGGCAUCAGUCAUCCACGGCAUGGGCGUCUCUAUAGUUGAAGGCGUCAUCCGCGGCGGCGGCCCCCUGGCGGCCGCCCCCACGCACCUAAAAGUGGACCCCAUCGCCGCUGUGCCCGCACCGCCGGAAGGCCGGCGCACGAUGCGGUUCCUGCUGCAGGAGGCGCAGUCCGGGCGGCAGCUGGACUACGCGACGGCGUCCGGACUGCUGUACGCGCUGCAGCUAGUGACGGGGCGCAGCACGCCGACGCAGCUGCCCACCCUCAGCAGCGGGUGA